AUGGGCCAAGGGGUCCUGGCCCAGGCCCCUGAGAGGAGGCUGUCAAAAGAGCAGGAGGGCGGGCCGGUGCCCGGCCAGCCAGGGCCGCUCGCGGGGCUCCCAGGUCCGACCAAGUACACGCUGAUCGAUGAGCAGGACAUCCCGCUGGUGGAGGGCUACUCCUUUGAGGCCCGGAUGGAGGUAGACGCAGAUGGAAAUGGUGCUAAGAUAUUCGCAUAUGCCUUUGACAAAAACCGCGGAAGGGGGUCGGGAAGGCUUCUCCACGAGCUGCUGUGGGAGCGGCACAGGGGGGGCAUUGCCCCCGGGUUUCAGGUGGUGCAUCUCAACUCGGUCACUGUGGACAAUCGUCUGGAUAACCUGCAGUUGGUGCCGUGGGGCUGGCGGCCCAAGGCCGAAGAGAUCUCCAGCAAGCAGAGGGAGCAGAGCUUGUACUGGCUGGCGAUCCAGCAGCUUCCCACGGACCCCAUAGAGGAGCAGUUCCCCGUGCUGAACGUGACCCGCUACUACAAUGCCAACGGGGACGUGGUGGGAGGAGGAGACCUCUUGCACCUACUACGAGUGCCACUACCCGCCUUGCACCAUGAUGGAGAAGCAGCUCCGCGAGUUCAACAUCUGUGGGCGGUGCCAGGUGGCGCGCUACUGCGGCUCCCAGUGCCAGCAGAAGGACUGGCCGGAGGCUGCGUGCUCUUGCUGCUUCCCCGGGCUGGGGCCAGCCACUUGGUGGCCGUUGGUCUGUGA